AUGUCCUGAUAUCGGGUGAUUGGACACCCAUAUAAGCAUGGGAAAACUACAGAGCAAGUUCCGGAGGCGCUCGGACCUUUAUAAGGCCAAAGAGGGGGCGGAGCCCACACCUGUGCACCAGGUAGUGCAGUAUGAACCCGCUCACACAGAUGCCAUCAACUGUGUCGUCAGCUUGACCUCUGACCUGUGCGUGUCAGGAGGGCAUGACCAGGCUGUUGUUGUCUAUGAAUGGAGAGCUGGAAAACGGUGUAAAUCUUUCCAGGGCCACAGCAGAGAGAUUACAAAGUUAUGCUGUUUUAAAGGAAGUUCCUUGAUCUUCAGUGCGUCCCGUGAUAAGACGGUGCUGAUGUGGGAUCUGGGUCGAGAUACAGAACCCGUCCAGGAGUUUUGUGGCCAUGAGCUUGUAGUUAACGGGGUAGCGGUAAGCCCAGAUGGCUCAAAGCUGUGCACGGGCUCUCGUGAUAACUCCAUGCACCUCUGGGACAUUGAGUUGGGAGAAUGUCUGCAAAAACACACCAUCUCACGCAACCUGGUGACCCAUGUGUGCUGGGUACCAGGAAGCACAUCUAUUGUCCAAACCUCAGAAGACAAAACGAUCAGGGUGUGGGAUAGCCGUACCUGGCAGGUCACUAACACAUUUCCGGCAAAGCAGUACAUCCAGACACACUGUGACAUCAGUUCCAACUGUUACCACCUGCUGUCGUCCAGCAAUGGUUUCGGUGGUCAGGGUUGUGAGGCCACGCUGUGGGACCUCAGACAGCCCGGCUGUAAGGUGGCCGAAUACAGAGGACACCUGCAGACCACAGCAUGCUGCGUGUUUGUGCCUCCCCGUCCCGGAUAUCCUGCUCUCGUGGCGUCAUCGGCAUAUGACAGCUCAGUAAAAAUAUGGGAUCAGAACACUGCAGCGUGUUUGUACACGUUAACGCUGGACGGUUCAGGGCCUUUGGUGUCUCUGGCUCCGUGUGACUGCAGCAGUCUCCUGUGUGCCAGUUUUAACACAGGACUGCACCAGCUGCAUCUAGAUCAGGGAGCAAUGCCCAGCCUCACUGAAGUGGCUCGCUUCUGACAUCCAUCUGGCCCACCUGGAAAAUCAAACUAAUGAGUUAAAACAAACAUAUUUAAUAACUGGAACUCCUGGAAAUGAGAAUGCACACUACAAUAUGUAGACACCCUAUUCUUAUUAAAUGAAUAGGU